UUCGUUUAUCAAGACUCCAAAACAUCACUUUCUUUGUUCGGAUUCGAGAAUAACAAGGGAAAGAAGAAAAAAAAUGUCGGAGCUACGAACGGGGUUCCUAACAAUGGCGACCAUAGUCCUUAUAUGCCUAGGGUUAACGAUGACGGGAACAGGUUUAUAUCACAAGAAAAUAGUCUCAAGAUGCAUCGGAGAAAGCGAUGGCAGUUUCGUAUUCAUUGGCCUCCUCUUGCUAGUGUUCCCUCAGAUUGGUCUUUACGCAAUCUGCUGCCGAUCAAAACGUGUCUUCACCUUUUACAUCUACUCGAUGAUGUUCGUUUUCGUUGUCCUUAGUUUCUACUCUGUGAAAUGCUUCUCCUACAACACAACUUUUGGUAUCGCCAAGAAUCCAGCUGAGGAAACCAGGACCGUCAAACAGUUGGUCGGGAGUUUAGUCCCUGCAAGAAAACUCGAAUACGUCACCGACUGUAUCGUUCACAAUCAUGAUUGCAACUACAACGCCAGCCUAAACAGCAAUGUCUGGAAGUUUUGCUGCGCGCAACCACCGGGAUGUGGAGAGAUGACAAUGUUCGGCGCACCAGGAGAAUGGAGUUGGAAACGGCAGCACAUAGAGAACGACGUCCCUGAAGAAUGUGCUUACGAUUACUGUCUUAAUUGCAGAGGUUGUCAGCUCAGCAUCUUGAAAGCCAUUGUUCAUCAAUGGAAGUAUCUCUCCAUCUUCGCUUAUCCUUCACUCUUUCUCGUUGUUCUCAGCCUCGUCAUUGCUAAGUCCAUUCAUGACACUUUUGAUGCACCCGAUGAUUUUCUUGGCUCUUAUACUUGAUUCAUAUUCUUCCACUUCAUAUAUAUUCGUAUUCU